UCGGAAGUGAUUAAACUAAGUGAACAAUAUAUCCGAGCAUUAGCACGUGACAAUGAAGGUGUUGUGGACGGUCCUUAUGCAGGGAGAUUUACAGCUUACGAUCUCAAGAAGACAAUGGCAGUUUUAUUGGAAAACAUUUUACAAAGGUUGGACAAAGUAGAACAUGAAUUAAACAUUACUGCCAAUAUUAGCUCCAUUCUAGCGAAGCCAGGUGAAACCGAUAAACAACACUCAUUACUAGCUGAAGAUUUACUACAGGGAGAACCUGAAAAGUGUAGAUUAUCUGACAAAGAAAAACAGCUUUAUCCAAAAUGUCAAGGAAAAAUAGAGUGGAUGAAACAGAUGUGGAAGUCAGAUCCGUGCUAUGCUUCAUACGGCGUGGACGGCUCAGCGUGCUCGUUUAUAAUGUACCUUAGUGAGAUUGAAGGCUGGUGCCCUAGGUCAGCAUGGCAUGGUUCCAGUCUUGUACCAACACAUGAUAUAUUUGACAUGAGAUCUGCUAAUAUAACAACGGACCUGGAUGGGUUGAUGCAGCUAUUGAAGGACCCUAAUGAGCGGCAAGGCUACGCAUGGAUACGUAUGAGGAUCAAACGCAUCUGGCCCAGGUGGGAGGAGGCAAUAAAAAAUUUAGCUCGUAAACAAGAUUUAUCAAAAAGAAAACCAAAAAAGAUUUUGGUUCAUUUAGGAUUACUCUCAAAGCAGUCUGGAUGGAAAUUUGCUGAAAUGCAGUUCAAAGGUGGACCGUUAGGUGAACUAGUGCAGUGGUCAGAUUUAAUUACAGCCCUGUAUGUACUUGGCCAUCAACUGACCAUUACAAGUGAAACUGACCAGCUUAGCAGCAUUGUAUCACAGCUGCCCGCAGCCAAUUCCCCUUGCCAGAGUAGAAGAGAGCUUCCUGUAGACAUUAUAUAUAUUGAUAUUGUUGGCCUGAAACAGUUCAAGAAAUACGUGAAAAAUGGAUAUGGCAAAUUCAGUUGCCUUCUAAGAAUAUUGGACUCAUUCGGUACAGAGCCGGCAUUUAACUUAAGAUCAUUUGCCAAACAACGUAAGAAAUUGACGUCUUGGGGUGGGCAGGAUUUAAUGCCACAGCAGUUUUUUAACAUGUUCCCACACAGUCCAGAUAAUUCAUUCAUGGGUUUUGUAGUGGAAAGACAUUUAAACGAGUCAGAUGUCCGUGACAUUGAGAGAAGUAACAUGGCCGUAGUUUACGGUAAAAAUGACUAUAUGUGGCAGGAUAAAAAAGAAUAUUUGAACAUGGUAAACAAGUCUGGUAUAGUUAUACAUGGGACAGUUUACAAGGAGAAUAAAUCUGCCAAGUUAGAGCACAUUCCAAAUUAUGUUAUAAACCAUGGGAUCUUGAAUGGCGAAGAUCUUCAUACGUUGUUGAGAAAAUCUAAAAUAUUUUUGGGACUUGGAUUUCCCUAUGAAGGGCCGGCCCCUUUAGAAGCUAUAGCGAAUGGUGCAGUUUACAUUAAUCCAAAGUUUGCCAAACCUCACAAUAGAAAUACAGUGCCAUUUUUUAAAGGAAAACCAACAGAGAGAGAGUUAACCAGUCAACAUCCGUACGCGGAGCAGUUUAUAGGUGAACCUUAUGUGUACACUAUAAACAUAAAUGAUCCAGAGGAGGUUAGAACAACUAUACAGAAAAUUCUAGAUACUGAUCAUUUUAAAGGUUACUUACCAUACGAGUAUACAGAGGAGGGUUUUAUACAGAGAAUGAACGCCUACAUUGAACACCAGAAUUUUUGCCAGUUUCAAAAACAGCUUACAAAAUGGCCGCCAGAAAGUGCAGUUCAGAUUUUAUUUGGCGAGGCGGGAAAAUCUUGUAAGGAUGUUUGUUGGGAGAAAAAUUUAAUUUGUGAACCAAGUCAUUUCUUAGAAACAAAUUCUCAUGGUGCUCUUAUAUCACAUGGCGCGUCGUGUGCUGCAAAUAAAACUCUUAUUGACAUUUUCUAUCCUGCUUUGGACACUAAGACAAAUGACUGCAUACUUCAGCAAGAGGAACUACUUUUUAGCUGUGUAGGAAAACAAGUAAAUCUCCGAAGACUGUGCCCGUGCCGGAACUACAUUAAAGGGCAGACGGCACUUUGUCUCACCUGUGAAUCGUAACAUAGUUAAAAAAAUUGUUGUGAAUGUUGUGAAAUGUGUUAUAUGUUAAUUUAAAAUCAAAAUUGUUAUUUCAAUAGAUAUAUGUUAUAUACAUGUAUAUUUGUAAUGUAAGAGUUUUGUAAUUUAAUGUGUUUGAAAAAUA